AUCUGCUGAAAUCCAACAGCUCUCACCUGUUGCUGGCCUCAGGGGACAGGAUGGAUUUCCAAGCCCUCUUGGUAGAUGAUGACAGGGCCUGGCUGAUGGUGGGAGCAAAAAACCACAUCUUCCUGCUCCACCUAGACCAUCCCAACAGAGAGCCAGAGAAGAUUUUCUGGCCUGCCUCCAGGGAGCAGGUGGAGCAUUGCCAGCUGGCAGGGAAGAACGUGGAGACAGAGUGUGCCAACUUCAUCCGACUCCUCCAGCCCUUCAACAGGAGCCACGUGUUUGCCUGUGGGACUGGCUCCUACCAGCCCGUCUGUGCCUUUAUCCAGCUGGGAGCCAGGGGGAAGGGUCCCGGGGCUCCCCCCAUGCAGCUGGUGACCCACUCUCUGGAAUCGGGGCGAGGCCGGUGCCCAUACAGCCCCCAUGAACCCUUCACAGGGCUCCUCGUUGAUGGGGAGCUCUAUUCGGGCACAUCCAGUGACUUCAUGGGCAGCAGCGCUGCCUUCUUCCGGACCUGGAUCCACGGGGCUGAGCAGAGCUACAUCCGGACGGAGCAGAACCAGGACCACUGGCUGCACGAGCCUGCGUUCGUUGGUGCCUACGCCAUCCCUGAUACCUACAAUCCCCACGAUGACAAGGUCUACAUCUUCUUUCGUGAGACGGCCAUGGAAGCUGGGCAGUGGGAGAGGCGGCACAUCCAUGCCAGGGUGGCCCGGGUCUGCAAGAAUGACGUCGGAGGGAAGCGCAGCCUCAUCAACCGCUGGAGUACGUUCCUCAAGGCUCGCCUGGUGUGCUCCAUCCCCGGGCCUCAGGGCACCGAGACUCACUUCGACCAGCUGGAGGAUGUUUUCCUCCUGCACACCCGCGACCCCCAGAACCCCCUCGUCUUU